UACAAAAACAUAAUAAAUCAAAGUAUUUUCUGGGCUCGAAAAUGCUUCAAUUGCAGAAUCAGAGAAAGAGUUCAGCUUGGCCGAGCUUAAUUGCUCGUUGCUUCGUUUCAUGUAACAUGGUCUUGCUUACUCAAUUUGCUCUUUCGUUGGUGCCUCGAUACUUCUCUGCUUCCUCCUCUCUUCUACCUCAACUCUCACUCUCAGCUCUAGUGCUGCUGGUGGUAAUGGGUUUGGGAGGAUGGUUCCGAAGGCUUCUUGGUAUUCAUGCUUCAGCCCCAGCUUUUGUCUUCUUCAAUAUACUGUUCAUUUGGUGUUUUUAUGUCUUUAUCAUCCGAAAAGCUGUAUCGCUUGUUAUGGAUAUUGUGUUUAAUGGAGAAGUUUCUAUGCUCGUUUUUGGUCUGUGUAGUAUCUUAAAGAGUGAUCCUGGGGUGGUAAGGCAUGCGCCUUCCUUGUCAGACAAACCAACAGAGGGCACAGUUUCUGAACUUAAUAAUCAGGACGAGGAAUUGGAGCUUUCCACAAGUGGCUUAGGUCAUGAAUCGACUGAAGAUUCCGUUUUGGGGAGGAGGGUGAGAUACUGCAGUAGCUGCUCGGCAUACAUAAAAGGUUUUGACCAUCAUUGUCCUGCUUUUGGAAACUGCAUAGGUCAAAAGAAUUAUCUCCUUUUCAUGGCUCUUUUGAUUGGGUUCAUUGUUACUGAAGCUUCAUUUCUGGCAUGCUCGUCUGAGUACACUACGAAAUUUAGAAUUUCAAGAAGACAUAGUUCAGAGACUAUUCUCUCUGAAAGAUUGGCUGUUAGCUCAAGGAUCUUCGCUAUUCUUCAAUUGGUAUGGCAGGUGCCGUUUUUGACGUGGCAUGCAUAUUGCAUAUGUUUCAAUAUCAGAACUGAUGAGUGGAUAAAUUGGAACAAGUAUCCAGAAUUCCAGUUAAUUAUGCAACACCAACCAGGACAUGGCUCUACUGAAGUGUGGUUUACAAAUCCAUAUGAUAGAGGCAUUCUACAGAAUGUGAAGGAAUUUCUAUCAUCAAAAGGAUGACGUUGCAUCAAGUGCAGUACCAGUUUGUAGCUUUUUAAUCUUGGUUAGAGUAAAGAAAGUUAGUAUGUAUAUUUCAAAGUAAUUCUUGGUUAGAGUAAAGAAAGAAAAGGGCAUAGCCUUUUGAUUUCCUUAAAGAAAAUUAAACAUUCAUUAACUUAGAAACAAGUUGCACACACUUUUGAUUA